UGUGGAAUGUUUACAAAACAGUGAAUUGACUAUUAGUUAAUAAAUUCAAUAUGUUAUUGAUAUAAAAGAUAAAGAGUAUUUGUCGGUGGAUGUAUAACAGGUUUAAACUGUAGGUUAGACUGAUAUAUUUAAAAUAGAUUUGGAUUUAAGUAGAGGUAUGAAUUCGCCUGCACUUUAUCAUCGAUCCAUUUCUUUAAAUGGUACGAUGAACAAAAAACAUGGCAAUGCGUUGAAAAAGUUUUUGAUUGAAAUGAAAAGUAAAAAUUUUGAUGAUAUAAAACGUGCUACAAACCGUGCAGCUGCAAAGUUAUUUUUUGUUCAAAGAGCAACCAGCUUGUACCUUGUGGAUAUUUAUAACAUUAUCGAAGCAUUCCGUGAAAAUGGUUUGAAUACAUUAGAUCAUUCAGCUGAGCUUGACGAGCCACGCUUAGAAUGCAUCAUAGCCAGUAUUUACUAUGCAUUGUACAAACGGUUACCUUCUACACAUGCUGUUGAUGUGGAAAAUUGCAUUGAGAUACUAACACAAUGGAUCAUGCAUACAUAUGAUAGUGAUGGAAUUGGUAGGAUUCGAGUUUUAUCUGUAAAGACAGCAUUGUCCACUUUAUGUGAAGGAAGGCUUAUUGACAAAUUCAGAUAUGUGUUCACACAAAUUUCAGAAAGCAACGGAAUUUUAAGUGUAGCGAAACUUGACAAUUACUUGCGAGAUCUACUUACGUUGCCUUGUGCUGUUGGCGAAGAACCGAAUUUCAGUUAUAGCGAGGAUAUACUGGAUUCUUUUUUUCAACCUGGAGCAUUAAAUCGAACACAUACAAAACUGGAUGAUUUCUUGAACGCCUUUAUGAAUGAGAAUGCAAAUGGAGUUCUGUUGUGGUUACAUAUGUUCAAUAAGAUUUCAAAAGCUUCAUGUGUUGAACAUGCUAUCCUAUGCAAAGGCUGUGGCAAAAAGGAUUUUACAGGCUUAAGAUAUAAAUGCCUGACAUGUUACAACUAUCAACUCUGCCAAGACUGUUUUUGGCGUGAGCGGGUGUCUGGAUCUCACAAGGCUGACCAUGAUAUGAAGGAGUAUAGCUCGUGGAAUAAGGGUGAGAAAGGAACUUCAGUGAGGAAGAGACUGUUAUGCUCUCCUUCGAAAGCUAGUGGACAAAAACUUCCUGAUUAUCCCAAAGAACCGGAACCGAAUAAAACUCUCGAUUUGAGCAACAUUGUUCCACCGCUACCUUCUUCAGAGCCUAACUCGCCAAACGCAACAUUAACUCGAACGCCUCGCUUCAUGAUGGGCAGCGUGAGUCAGCAUUCUAAUUUAUCACGAACCAGCAGCACGAAAUACUCGCAGGAUUCUGUCACAAGACAAGACGACGAACACCGGUUAAUAUCACUUUACGCGCAAAGGUUGGCUGAGGACUCAUUAAACCGCAAGAGCCCGAGCAAAACAAGUAGUUCCAGCAUCACAGCAUCUGAACCAACUUCUGAACAAAAAGAAUUGAUUUCGAAUCUGGAAGAACGUAACAAGUCCCUUCUAUCAGAAAUUCGUCUGUUAAAAGCCGAACAUGAAGAAGCCAUUCAAAACGCGCAGCAAAUGGGCUGCGAUCCUAACCUAUUGACCGAGUUGCACGCAUUACGUCAAAGAAAAGACGAACUUGAAAUGAGAAUGUCGGCGUUACAAGAAACUCGCCGCGAACUCAUGGUCCAAUUGGAGGGCUUGAUGAAGUUAUUAAAGCACAAUCAGAUGAAUAGUCCUCGUCACGUGACACGUGUGGCAUCAGGCGCAGGGCUCAGUGAGAUGGCAUCUAAACGCCCUUCUGGACCGCCCGCUGGUGGUAACUCGUUACUUAUGCGCGGAGUAAAUGGCGAAGUAAAAGAGGCCUUUGGCAAAACUACAGUCAAAGAAGGCUCGUGCGGCCAGGAUUUACGUGUUGAUUUGAUGACUGCAGUUGAAGAGGUUACAACUGCUAUGACGAGUGUUGUCAAAGAACUUAAAGAUGGAGGGAGAACAACAACAUCGUCUCACGCCACGUCUUGCAAUGAUGAUGCAAAACUAACCGAUAUCCGUCCUGUGAAUAGCACUCAAAUUAACAACACCGAAGUUCGCGUAUACUAGAUCACUUGGUUGUGUUUUUUGUUCGUCAACUUGGUCUCAAGGAUGUGUACACUGUAUUGACUUUAAUGUCACCGACACUCGCAUAAUUGUAUAUUCUGGUAAACACAAUAUGUCGAAGCAAAGCUGAUGAUGGUACACUUCUAAAACGAAUGUUUUCUCAACAAGUUUUUAAUCUGGUAUCUGGAGAGAAAUGACAACAUGAUAGAACAUGUUAUUCUAUGAUAUAUCAAUGAAAUCUGGUAUGUUAUUCCACGUUAGCAACUGCACCAAAAUCAUGUUAUAGCGCGUUCAACCACGGUCUUAUUAGGAUAUAUUGAUAGCUACGUUAAGCGAAUUAAUUUUCGCGCGGAUUUAUAUCCACGAAUUCUGCGUAUUUAGCACGCUUAUUCGCGCCGUUUACGUUUGCUAAAUAACGGCGCGAAACAACCGUUUGACGGGAAUUUAUUCUCUUAUUUAAUUUAUAUUAUUUAAUUUCAGUUUUGUUUAUUCUUAUUUUAACUUUUUUUACAUUUGUUUUUCUCAUUGUUUGAAAACUAAUAGUUGUUAAUGUAAUAGUUCUGGGGUAUAAUAAGUUUAGAGUUUUUAAGUUGAACUUGAAUUCUUGCCCUGGAUUUGCGGGGACUUAAUUUCGCGGAUAAGGUCAUGAUAGCAAUUUUUGAAGAAAGUAAAAUAAGUUGUCUAAAGGGUUUGAGCCGAAUGGAACUAUCUCGUCAACCCUUGUUACACCGGUCAAUUCUACACCGAACCGAGACAAAAUGUAGUUUUGCAUUUUAGUUCAAAGCUCUUUCAACACAACUAUAACGUCAGGUAGAAUAAACACAAUUAGAUAAAAAACGAAAUUAAAUUCUAAUUGAUUUCAAAAAAAGUUAUCUUUUCAUCUUCAGUACUCGGUUAAUUAAUUAAGCCUACAAAAAAGGAAGCCUCUCACUCAACUAUACGCAGGGACAAAUUUUCGCGGAUGGCCUGUUUCAAAAUUUUCAAAGUGACAUAUUUUCGCGGAUAGUACCCAAAUCCGCGAAAUGCGCGAAAUUUAAUCUCCGCAAAAAUUUAUCCCAUUAAAGUAAUCUCGCACAAAAAAACCCUUUUAUACAAUGUAGGUACGAUUUGUGCGAGUUUUGGGAAAUCAAGAGCGAGAUUUUUUAUUACUUUUUUUAUUAAUUUUUAGAACAAGAGUGAAACUUCUUCUUUUUUUAAUGUUUCUUAUUUAAAUAUUGUAAAAAAAUAACUCCAUAAUUUGUUUCACAUGUACAAUAAAAGUAUUCGUAUUUAUAUAUCUAUUGUUAUUAUUUUUAUUCGUUAUUAUUAUUGUUAUUGUUUCUUCACAUCAUGUAAUAUUUGCUAACAGUUUUUUUAGUAAAAAAUCAACUCAUCACACUAUA